GUCAUCAGAAGAGGUGACGCCUUGACUGUCAGUAAGCUGAGGAGGAGGAAGAAGGAUCGAGGCCUGGACAUACUGAGAUCACAGACAGACAGACAGACAGACAGAAGGCUGGUGGGAGGCCUGGACACACUGAGAUCACAGACAGACAGAACAGGAAGAGAAACAGGGGAAGAACAGACUGACGGACAGGCAGGAAAGACAGAGAGAGCGAGGGAGAGAGAGUGAGGGAGAGAGAGCGAGGGAGAGAGAGUGAGGGAGAGAGAGCGAGGGUGAGAGAGUGAGGGAGAGAGAGUGAGGGAGAGAGAGUGAGGGAGAGAGAGCGAGGGAGGAGAGGAGAUGGCCGAAUACUUAAACCAGAGGGUCGUUGAGGAUGGCGGGAGACAGAAAGAUGGAGAGAUGCAGAAUGGGAUCAGACUGUGCAGGAUCGUAGCAGUGAGCUUUGGGCUGCUGUGUGUCUUACAAGUCACUCUCAACAUCUCCCUACGCUUGGCUGACAGGGAGAGAGAUCAGUCAUCAGUCAUCAACCAAACCCAGCCGGAAAGAAGAGGCCAGGAUGAUACCUGCAAGGACCAGCUGGCCCUGGAGAGAGACCAGGUGAGGGCGGAGAGAGACCAGCUGGAGGCAGAAAGAGUCCAGCUGAACACGGAGAGAGAUCAGCUGAAGAUGGAGAGAGACCAGGUGAAGAUGGAGAGAGACCAGCUGAACAGGGAGAGAGAACAGCUGAACAGGGAUAGAGACCAUCUUAACAGGGAGAGAGACCAUCUGAACAGGGAGAGAGACCAGCUGGGGGCCAACUGCAGACCAGGGUGAGAGACAGAGGCGUUGUACUGGGGCCCCUAUUCAUAUCCCUUUUUUUCUUUCAAGCUUGCUGCGCAUAAUGCACUACUAGGCUAUAGAAACCCCCUAGAAACCCCCUUACUU